CACCAACCAUCCAAGAAUCCUCAAGAGUACGACGAGAUGACGAAGGGUACUUCGUCCUUUGGUAAGCGACACACCAAGUCCCACACGCUCUGCCGGCGCUGCGGGAACCGCGCCUUCCACAGGCAACACAAAACUUGCGCACAAUGCGGAUACCCCUCUGCUAAGUUGAGGUCGUAUGAGUGGGGCCAGAAGGCCAAGCGCAGAAAGACGACUGGGACUGGACGGAUGAGGUACCUCAAGGAUGUGUCGAGGAGGUUCAAGAAUGGAUUCAGAGAAAACACGGUGGCGAAGAAGAGGGUCAAGGUUACAUCUGACGCAUAAACUUACGACUAUGUCGCCUCCCAUCCGCCGCCAUCCAUUCCUUCUAGGCUCAAAGUCGUACUGCACUGCACGAAAAAUAAACAUGCUCUAUGCUAUGCGUUCCGUCAUCUUUCUUC